AUGUCCGCUCCCGCUUCCCAAGGCCCCCGUAAGAAGGUUGUGCAUCAGCUUGACACUCCUUUCUCUACUGUCCCAUGGCCCUCGAUAUUGACAGAAGAUCAAGACAUCAUUCUCGAAUUGCUGUGCGACCUCUUGAGCCCCAUUGGGCAGUAUCGUCAGACACAAAUCAAGCGAUCCAAGGGGAAGCGUUCAUCGCAAAAGGAGAAAGGGACCAAGAAGACAGCCCAGGCUUCAGAACAACCCCCCAUGCCCCCAAUGCCUGAGAUAGAAGCUAGCAUCGAUGUCGGUCUUAACUCUAUCACUCGAAAUCUGCAGUUGUGUUCGCAACAAGAGACUGAAUCAAUGGGAGACGAACCCAACCGACAAUAUUCCAUGGUCUUUGUAGCGCGGGGCGAUCAAGCCUCACCAUUCAACUGCCAUUUCCCACAGAUGAUUGGGGCGGCAUCUAGGAAGACCAGUUCCGAAAGGAAAACUCGCCUGGUAGGCUUAUCUAAACUAUGCUCUGAACGCUUGAGUUCUUGUCUUGGAGUGCCAAGAGUCUCAUCCGUAGCUAUUCGUAUGGAUGCCCCAGGAGCUGGAGCUUUGCAGGAGUUUGUUCUGAAGAAAGUCGAGCCAAUAGAAGCCUCAUGGCUAGAUGUGUCUUCUGAUGCACAAUAUCUUGCCCCAAAGAUCAAUACUAUAGAAACAACAGUGGGACCCAAGCGAGCGCGUGUUGAAUGA